CCACUUACCUUUUGCAAUUCCUAUUAUGAUUUUUGGAUUUGUAACGGUUCGGGUUGUCGGGCAAUUGGCCCACCAAAUAAAAUUCUCGACGGACACGCACAAUAAUAUUUGCCGAUCGUACUUUCACUCGGAUCCGGCUUUUGCGGGGCGGUACUAACACCUCAAACCAGAAAGCGCAGACGACACCGUUUGUUCUCCCGAUCUGACCGUUUCCCGUAGAUCGCCUCCUUUCUCGCUCUCCAUAGCUUUCCCGUAUACUGUCUGUACUUGAGCUCUCUUUUAGGAGAUGAACAUGCAGCAAGUUGUGCAACCCAGAUCUUCUAAUGGAUUUGGCCGUCGUAAAGUUGAAAGAGAUGCAGCAUCUAGGUUUGAUAGUAAAUUUCAGUCUGGAAAAACAAAUUCUAGCUGGACCAGCUUUGGUAAAGGAGGGGGGCUUGAAUCACCUUCAGGUGAUCGUUUAAUAUAUGUUACUACAUGCCUCAUUGGACAGCAAGUUGAAGUUCAGGUGCAGGAUGGGUCUGUUAUUUCUGGAGUAUUUCAUGCGACAAAUGCAGAGGAUUUUGGAAUUGUUUUGAAAAUGGCUCAUGUAAUUAAAGAUGGUUCUCAAGGACAGAAGAGUCUUUCAGAUUGUCCCAGCAAGCAUCCUGCUAGGACUUUUAUUGUACCAGCUAAGGAUCUUGUACAAGUGAUAGCAAAGGAAGUGUCUUUAUCAAGGGCUGGAUUAACAAAUGAGCUCCAGAAUGAAAGGCAGCAAGAGCUUAUGACAGAUUCCUGCAUAUCACAAUCUAGGCAUGUAGAAGUGGGGAGAGAAUUGGAGCCUUGGGUCCCUGACGAAAGUGAUCCCGGUUGUCCGGAAUUGGAUAACAUAUUUGAUGGGCAUUGGAAUAGAGGCUGGGAUCAGUUUGAAGCAAAUGCCACAUUAUUUGGAGUUAAGAGCACCUUCAAUGAGGAACUUUACACAACAAAGCUUGAGAGAGGCCCUCAGAUGAGAGAAUUGGAAAGGGAAGCUACAAGGUUAGCCAGAGAGAUUGAGGGUGAGGAAACUCUUGAUCUUCAUUUAGCUGAGGAGAGAGGUAUUCAACUUGAUGAAAAUCUUGAAAUCGAUGAAGAAACUCGGUUCUCCUCGGUCCGACGGAAAGUCGAUGAUAGUGGUUAUGAUGAGAUUGAGAACAUUUUGCUGGAUUCUCGGAAUGAUGAAACAUUUGGAGAUGCCUCCAGUGCCGUUGUUGGCAAACCUCCAAUUGACACGAUUGUGGGGAAAACCAAAGAUGGAACUCAAGCAUCAUCAAGAUCUUCAUUGAUGGGAGAAAUGCCAACUUCUUUAGCUGAGAAGAACAGGGACUCCUAUCGUUCAGAUUCUGAGUAUCAUGGUCAGAAGCUGUUAACCGAUCCGCUUUCUAAUCAAUCUCUGAAUGAUGCAAGCAGGGAUCAUGAUAACCAAUCUGUUGGACAUGCAGAAAGUAGUUGCAGUGGGGAUAAGGAAAAGUUGGUACAUGAUCAGAAUGGAGCAUCAAAAUCUGAGGAUUCAGAUUCAUUGCUAAGAUUAAAGAAGGAAAGCUCUGAUAAAGUUUCCCUGUCUCCAAAUGCCACUGCAUUCGAUCCCGCAAAUGCAUCCAAAGGUCAGGAAAAGGCAAGCUCUUUUAAUGAGCCUUCAGAGAGUACAUUGCCGCCAAAAACGUCAGUGGCAGCUGGUUCUCUUACUCGGCCUGGUAGUUCGGCCUCUUCUACAUCUGACCGUGGGGGUCCCACUUCAACUUCUGCUGGCCGAGGAUUGUCCUCUAGCUCGUCUGUUGGUUCAUUGUCCUCAGAGAAGUCUUCCCUGAAUCCACACGCUAAGGAAUUUAAAUUAAACCCGAAUGCGAAAAGUUUUGUCCCAUCUCAUGCACCUGUGAGGCCUUCUUCUCCUGUUGCUGAUGGUUCUUUCUAUUAUCCAGCUAAUGUGCCAUCUAUGACACAGAUGCAUGGAAUGCCUGUUGGUAUUGGGAUGGGACCUUCUUUCGCUCAACAGCCUGUGGUAUUCAAUCCACAGGCACAAAUGCCACAGCCGUAUUAUCAUCCAAACGGACCUCAGUAUGGGCAGCAGAUGAUAAUGGGGCAGCCUCGGCCAGUUUUGUACAUGCCAGCAUAUCCCACUGCGAGGCCUCCUUGUGGCUACGUCUCACCUGUAGCGGAGGAGGGUGGUGGUGUUGGCGUACGUGAAGCUGACGCGAUUGGAGUUGGUGAAGAAGAUGCGAAGGUCGAGGGUGACAUUGAGGCGGAGCUGGAGCUUGGAAAAGUCGACAGAGAAGUCGAGAUUGUCGAGGGAGACGGAAUCGGCGGAGGUGAGGGGCCGCUUGACCGUGAAGACGGUGAGCCCUAG